AUGGGGCAACAGUCGCUGAUCUACAGUUUCGCGGCGAGAGGAACGGUGAUCCUCGCGGAAUACACUGAAUUCACGGGGAAUUUCACGAGCAUAGCCUCGCAGUGUCUCCAAAAACUUCCGGCCACAAACAACAAGUUCACCUACAAUUGCGAUGGCCACACCUUCAACUACCUCGUCGAAAACGGAUUCAAUCAGAUUGGCUUCUUGUUUACCUUCCAUAAAGUUCUGCAGUUCUCAGACUAG